AUGGGGAAUUCCGAGUACUCGCAGUUAACAGUGGAAAAAUAUUCAAAGGGGAGAAGUUGUAAGUUAAUGUUUCCAAAAAAACAUCAGCAACCUCCAGAAUCUUGGAAACAAUUUACUGUCAAUCAUAGUAAAUUACAACAAUCUGCUUUGAAGACAAUGUUAAUUGCAGCUAAUGCAGAUAAAACAGAAGUGGCAGUCAAAGCAACAGUUUCAUAUUUGUUAGAUGAAGUUAAAAAACAUAUGAUAGUUUAUGGUUAUAAGGACUAUAUAACCAAAAUUCUCAAGUUUUUUUCACUUCAAAUAGAUGAGCAAGAAAAUUUAUUUUACAAGUUACGAACUUGA